CAGCAUCACCACCCCACACACAUGGCGGUAUAAGAAGUUUGUGGGAGUCGUGGGAGUCGUAGAUAGGUCACUGCAUACCGCCUUGAAGUCCAUCACAACCCCUUUCACUGAGUCGUUAUCUACUUGCGAAGAGAUACGAAAGAAUGCGCCUGUCUAUAUCGCUCAUCGUCGUGGCACUCAGCACGGCUUUCGCAUCCCCAGUCACCACGCUAAAGAGUUCCAACAACGAUGGCGAACUGACGACAAGGGGGACCAGGAUGGGGGAAUGUGGCCAAGAUUGCUGGAACGAAGCCGCCGUCCGAGCAAAGUGUGACCCAAACAUAGACGACAACUGCUUGUGCGGACCGUUCUUCGACGCGGUAACUACAUGCACAAGCCAGACAUGCAAUACUGAUGAGAACCUUGCUACGUUGGAUCUCCUGGAACCUGCCUGCGAGUAGAUGCAGAAACGCUAUAGCGAUUCCAACAGAGUGUGCUCAGAUACUAAGAAGGGAAGACAAGGGUACCAGGGAGCGAACUGGAGAGAAUAGAGAAGAAGACGGAACUUGAUACCCCACAUGAAUUAAUCCU